AUGUCAAACCGCAAGAUUCGCGAUGAGCAGAUCUCGGCGUCUUCGAGUUUUGACUUGCAAAGUACUGGACCUCAACACGCUCGGGCUCAUCAAGAAUCUGGAAGUGGAGCUUGGUGUCCGAAGAACCAAAUCAAUUUACUGAGCAAAGAAUGGCUGCAGAUCUCGUUUUCAGUUGAUACAGUUAUCACUUCUGUUGAAACUCAAGGGCGAUUUGAUGAUGGACGAGGCCAGGAAUAUGCCACAGCAUUCAAAAUUCAGUAUUGGCGACCUUCACUAAAUGCUUGGGCAUCUUACAAAGACGAUUUCGAGCUAGAGACGAUUCCGGCAAAUAAUAAUACGGAGCAUGCUGUCAGAAGAACUCUGGACCGAGCCAUCAUUGCUAGAAGAAUUCGAAUUGUUCCAGUUUCAAAUUCAACAAGAACCGUUUGUAUGAGAGUUGAACUUUUUGGAUGUCCGUUCGAUGAUACUUUGAUUUCAUAUGAUGUUGAACAAGGCGACUUGCAGUCAGGCAUUUCUUAUCACGACUUUUCCUAUGAUGGCAAUCUUGCCGACGCACCACACCUAACCGGCGGAAUCGGAAAGUUAUACGAUAAUGAAGUGGGAAAGAAGGAUGUAUUUGUUAAUCAUCACAAAUGGGUUGGAUGGAGAAGAAAGAGGACUGGUGGUGUGAAAUUGUCAUUUGAAUUUGGAGAAUUGAGAAACAUUUCGGGAAUUUUGAUACAUACAGCAAAUGAGUUCAAGAAAAGUGCUAAGGCGUUUUCCUCCGUUAGCGUACUAUUCUCAACAAAUGGAAGAGACUUCUCCGAUAACAUUAUCCAUUUUAAUAAUCCAGAAGACACUGAAUCUGAGGCACCACGAUGGAUCAGAAUUCCUGUGAACAAUCGAAUUGCAAAAGUGGCCAAGUUAAGAUUGAAUUUCGGAAGUGGUUCCGAUUGGCUCUUCGUAUCCGAAGUGAAUUUUGAAUCAAACCACACAAACAUUGAGCUUCUUCAUGAUGACGUGGUGAUUCCUGAUUCGGUUUCAUAUUUCUCUGUAACCGAACACGAUGAUGGCACCAGUAUGUUUGCCUUCAUAAUCUUCUUCUUCAUGUUUCUCAUUGUUGCUGUCAUCAUAAUAGCUGUGAUCUACCGUAAACGCGAGUACCGUGUGAAAGCCUCGUCACCAUCACCGAAUGCUAAACGGGAAAUUCUGUUGACAAUUGACGGAAACACCAUCAAGCAUCAUGUUUCUCCGUCAACCUAUCAAAUGGCUCGCGAUAAUCUUCAGAAUGCGUUGAUUGAGAAAAUGCCAAUGUCGCCGAUUAUAAGCGAUUACGCUGAACCGGACAUUAGCAUUUGCUCUGAUGUCACUGCCAAUACACCUCUUCUCUAUGGAAUCGAUGGCCCUUAUGAUACACAAAAACGAAGCAACCCACUCUCCUCAAUGGUUAAGUACUCGGACUAUGGAGAAGUUUAUUGCACGACUCUUCCGGAAAUCGCUAGAGACAAGUUAAUAUACGUGAGCAGAAUUGGACAAGGAGAGUUUGGAGAAGUAGAUUUAUGUCAGUUGGAGAACCGAAACGUUGCCGUUAAAAGACUUCAUGGAAUAAGUCAAGCUGACGAGUUCUCUUUCCAUAGGGAGAUUCGAGUUCUUGGGAGUUUGAAACAUCCGAACGUUGUGGAAGUGGUCGGGGUCUGCACAAUCCAAAAACCAAUUUUGUGCAUAAUGGAAUACAUGCAGAAUGGGGACCUCAAAUCACAUAUUCUAAAAAAUCCAACGAUUAGUACAUCUCACUGCAUAUCCAUCUGUACUCAACUUGCCGCUGGUCUCGCUUACUUGGAGUCUUGCAACUUUGUACAUCGAGAUAUUGCUGCCAGAAACUGUUUAGUCGAUGGAGAAGGAAAUGUCAAGAUUGCUGAUUUUGGAAUGGCUCGAUCGCUCUACUCUCAAGAAUAUUACAAAGUUGAGGGCAAAUUCGUGCUUCCGAUUCGAUGGAUGGCUUGGGAAGCAUUGCUUUUGGGCAAGUUCUCAACUGCAAGUGAUGUGUGGGCGUUUGGAGUGACAAUGUGGGAGAUUUUCUCGUUGUGUUCUGAAAAACCAUUCUCUGAUAUGUCUGAUGAUGAAGUUGUGGAAAAUCUUCAAAGUAUGAGCUCAACUGGAUCAUUGAAGCAAGUUCUUUCGCGUCCAAGAAUGUGCCCUGCGAAGUUGUACAAUGAACAACUUUUACCUUGCUGGAACUAUGAGAGCUCUCGUCGCCCGACAUUUGAAAAUGUACAUCUUCAUUUGCAAUCACUGGUUCAUACUUCUCCGCACAUCCACUUCUAA